AUGGCAAAAGUAUGGCAAGCUCUUGAGUCCAAUCCGGACGCAAUAAACCCGCUAAUGACCAAAAUUGGCGUUGAAAGCGUGGAAUGUGUGGACAUAAUUUCAUUCGAUGAUGAUGCACUGGAGAAUUUGCCUAAACCUCAAUACGCAAUGCUUCUCUGUCUUCCCGACUAUAAAAAGGUCGACGAGUUAAUGGCUCCAAUUUAUGAGAAGCUUCGUUCUGAAGGCACGGCUCCCCCUGAGAAUGUGUUUUUCAUGGAACAGAAGAUCAGCAAUGCUUGUGGAACAUUUGCUUUAUUCCACGCGCUAGCAAAUAUUGAGGAUCAAGUCGAUCUUGGUUCUGGUUCGUUUCACAAAUGGUUGGAGGCGGCAAAGGAUCUAGGAAUCGAUCAGCGAUCGGAUCUUCUCGCUAACGAUGAAGCUUUGGCUGCGGCACAUGACGAAGCAGCUCGCCGUGGUGAUUCACGUCAGCCUGAACAAGUAGAACACCACUUCAUUUGUUAUGUGAAUAAGGACGGAACACUUUUUGAAAUAGAUUCUCGCGCACCAUUUCCUCGUGAACUGGGCUCGACUUCUGGCGACACGCUCGUUAAGGAUGCUGGAGCUGCUUGCAAACAUCUUAUGGAAAAGCUAGACAAUGUUUCAUUUGCGGCUAUGGCGCUUGUACCGAAACAGUGA